AUGGGAAAAAUCGGUCGGGCUGAGAGGAAGCAUUCCGGUCAGCGUGCGUGUUCUCUUCGCGAACCAUUCCCUCCCUCCACAUCUUCGCAGUCCUCUGACGCCCUCGGCAUCCUUUAUCGCGCCAAACAUACCCUAGGCAUCUCAUUCCUAAACUCCCUCUGCGCGCUCAACGUCCACGCCAUUGCGGCGAUCCCGGUCACCACUCCGCCCAUGAUCCAAGUAUUCGUUUUCCAGUUUGCGGGCUGCGAGUACCAGCCUCCGGCGGGCGACCAGACGUGUUUGGGAAAUCCACGGUUACAUCUCUCCCAGCGACCAUGUCCUUCACGCGCACAUUUGGCGGUAGCACGGCCAUUGCAGCAACGGCGAGGAUUGCAGACGCAAGCUGAGAAGCCGGCAUAUACGAGGACGGGAAAGGUGUCAUUUGAGAAUGCGGAAGGAGGCGAUGAAGAGGUGGAUGUGAAGGGGCGACCAGAGGACGAUAGACAACGACUCAAUUUCCCUCACCAUGGACUCGCCGCACGAUCAGCAAAACUCUCCGCUCUACACGCACGAUUGUCUUUACCAUCGAAGCUACCUCUGCAAACAUUAGCGAGAUGUCUGAUCGAUCCAUCCGUCGACUCAAGACAAGGCUAUAACAAUGCACCUUUCGCAAUCCUAGGACAAGAGCUGCUGGGAUACUACACAUCCGAAUAUCUCAUCUGCCAUUAUCCACGCCUCCCCAUGCCCGCGCUCUACGCCGCACAAUAUGCAUACGUCGGAGCCGCAACACUAGCAUCAAUGUCAAGAGAAUGGGGCGUGGAAGUCGUAGCAGCGCCAGGACCGGAAGUAGACCCAGGCCUCUUACAACUGAAGAGACAAGCGGCAGGAAACGCAAUGGGACCAGACAACAUGCACAGACUCAAAGAUAUGGCCCAAGGUCUACGACUACGCCAUACGCGAGAUCAAUGGAAUCGACCAGGAAGCAGCAGAACGAACAUUUACGGCGACGAAUUUGGCGACAUCCUCGACCAGGCUCUCGACUACGAAGAUCCCACAUCCUCAUCCUCUUCCUCUACCUCUCAAGACUCCUCAUCCGCCACCGUCGAAGCCGCGUCGGCGAGUUUCGUCCGCGCCCUGACAGGAGCUCUCCACCUCCACGCUGGCUCCUCCGCUUCGAAAUCCUUCCACAAAGCCCACGUUCUCUCCAGACACCUUGCUCUCCACCAGCUCUUCAGUUUCACUCAUCCUACACGAGACCUCUCCCGACUUUGUCUACGAGAAGGCUUCGAACCACCUGUUGCGCGACUCAUUUCCGAGACUGGCCGACUCUCUCGCACACCAGUCUUCAACGUCGGUGUUUUCAGCGGCGACGACAAAUUAGGUGAAGCAGCGGGUGCGUCGUUGAACGAGGCGCGGGUUAGGGCAUCGGCGCAUGCGUUGAGGAGUUGGUAUUUGUAUAGUCCGCCGAGAGACGAUGUGGUGUUGCCCAGUGAUGUGGAAGGUGGCAGGACGGGAGUGAAGUGGAAGGCGCAGAUGGUGGAUCCGGGAGAGAUUAUCACGUAG